AUGUCUCCUCCUGCCAUUAUAGCUCCUUCUAUUCUCAGCGCGGACUUCGCGACUCUGGGCAGCGAAUGCUCGACGAAAAUCGAGCAAGGGUCCGAUUGGCUCCAUGUUGACAUCAUGGACGGCCACUUCGUUCCCAACAUCACCUUCGGAGCUCCCGUCGUCACCAAGAUUCGCUCUCAUGUCGCCCGCCCUACGGAACCGAAUGGAAAGGGUACUUUCGACUGCCACAUGAUGAUCAUGGAGCCGCAUAAAUGGGUCAAGGACUUCAAGGACGCCGGCUGCGAUCUCUACUGCUUUCACUACGAAGCGGCCGUCUCGUCCGUGGCCGCCACCUCGCCCGCCGAUUCGACCACCACCCGCCAAACGAGCCCCAAGGAACUGAUCCGCUACAUUCACGACGAGGGUAUGCAAGCUGGUAUUGCCAUCAAGCCCGACACGCCGGUGGAUGUGCUGUGGGAUAUCCUAGAAGCCAAGGAUGAGAAGGAGCGUCCGGAUAUGGUCCUUGUCAUGACGGUAUACCCUGGCUUUGGUGGCCAGAAGUUCAUGGCCUCCGAACUGCCCAAGGUCCAGGCCUUGCGCGAGCGCUACCCCAACCUGAACAUCGAGGUCGACGGAGGCCUGGGAAUCGGCACCGUGGACCAGGCUGCGGAUGCCGGUGCCAACGUUAUCGUCGCUGGUUCGGCUGUUUUUGGUGCCCAGGAUCCUGCCGACGUCAUCGCGAAACUCCGCGAGGCCGUCGACAGCCGUCGGAAGGAGGAAAAGCUGUGA